AUUGCUAAUCCAACCUUCACCGUAUCGUGUGUAUCAAUGGUAAAUAGUGCAACCAAACGGUUGGAAAGUUCGACAUGUUCACCAAAAAGGCCAAUAUCGAUUUGAAAAAGUCGACCCAAAAAAUACAAGACAGCAAGAAAGAUUCCGCUGCCCGUCUACGGCAUCUGAAAACUAUACUCGAACACGUGGACAGCGAUGAGGCAAAAAAUCUGUUCGAAGCUAACUACAGUCACGUCUACUACAUCCUUUACGACACUUUCGUACAGGCCGAGGCGAAUCUGAAGCAGCGUGUACACAAAACCCACCGCGAGGAAUUGGAUGGAUCGUUGUGGCUGCUGAGCAAAAUACUAUGCCUGCUGCCGGAGUUGGUCCAGCGACGAUGGCAGUGUCACUCGCUCGGGCGCAUCCUUGCAAAAUUAUUGCAUUACGGCAACAGCGUGAAGCUACGGCGCGAGGGCGUAAAAUAUUUCCUGCUCUGGUAUCAAGCCCUCGGCGACAAUGCACCGCCCUUCGUUCACGGGAUGUUCACCGAGCUCGUGCCAGGACUGUCGGUACCGCAACGUGGCAAAAAUGCUCCGGCCGUUCCAUCCGACAGUGAGUUCAUUGCCACCGAUUUGCUGAACCAUCCGAACCUGAAAGGCGAGCUCGGUGGUUCCGUGUUCCACGACACAACAGCCACCCAUCCGGUCAAAUCGCCCGAAAUUCAACCGCUCAUACCACCGAGCUCGAGCGAACGGACGGCGGCACCGGAUCCACGCGAUGGCCUCGAAAUUCUGCUCGACUGCAUGGUACAGUCCUGCGGGUGUUUGAAAUGGCGCGACAACAAUCCCCAGCGGCACAUACGCACGUUUAACUUUUUGCUGACCAAGUUCCGCGAACAGUACCUGCCAGUGUUCUGCCCUUCGUUCGACUACAGCACGUCCGUGUAUGAGCCGAAGCUCGAUCUGCCCGUCAUCCGGAGCGUUUCGAAGCGCGAGGAGGUGAUGAGUUCGUGCGUGGUGGUGCUCAUUAUAUGGAUUGCGAAGUAUACGCACGAGCGGCACGUAAACAGCAAGCUGGAGCAGAUUCUUUCCAUCGAGGAUGAACCGGGCGCGGGAUCCGGUGGUGGUUCGCUGGAUCAUGCCAGCUUGCUGUCCAAUUUGCGACACAUGGGUUACACACAAACGCAGCUAGUACGAGACGUAUUGUACUCCAGCCGGGAGACGGUUAACUUUGUGCACGAAAUUUAUCGACAGGCGUUCCUGAUGGCCUUCACCUCGAAAUCGCAGAUUGAAGCGAUGCGUAUCGCCAUCUCUGUGUAUCGCGACUGGAUGAGCAGCAUACCACCCCCACCGUUUUUACUGGAACCGGAUCUGGAAGCGUUACCCGUCGCAGGAGGAUCUCCCGGUGGUGCAGGACCGGCACUGGAGACCAUCUCGCCGACCGCUAGCAAUAGUCGACCGGGUAGCCAAAGAUUGCGUACCGAUUCCUAUCUGGGCGCAAUGAUGAUGACCAAGGAGAAUGGUUCCAUUCGGGCCGGUUUGCAGAAUGUACUGCAGGUGUUCGUAACGAAUGCGGUAAACGUCUUUAUGGUCAAUACGGCGCACCUGAAUCUACACUUUCAAUCGAAAACAAACGCAGACGGGUACGCAACACCGCUUGACGAGCAGACCGAUAUUUGUAAGCGUGUGCUCAACAUAUACCGCACGAUGGUUAUGAAGACGCGCAUGGAAGCGAAGACGUGGGAGCAACUGUUGCUUGUACUGCUCCAGGUUACGUCCGUCAUUCUCCAGAACUCACCACCAAACGCGAAGAAAAACAAUCUCGGAGGACGAUUGGCACAGCCCAUCUUUCAGACACUGAUCGUUACGUGGAUCCGAGCGCACACGAACGUUCCGGUCAAUGCGGGACUGUGGGACCGGUUCCUGAAGGUGUUAUCCUCGUUAACGCACCGAGAGGAACUGAUUGUAGAAUGGGAUAAAACAAUGCAGACGCUUACACGUGUGCUUGCCCGGCAGGUGUACAACAUUAAUCUUUCCGACUUACCGCUGGAUCGAUUGGCCGAGCAGAAGGGCAAACGAAAGCGUGGAACACCGUCCAAUUGGACGGCUAACGAGAGCGGCCGUUCCGUGAUGGCCUUGGGUGGAGUGAACAGUUCCGAUAGGCAUGGCGCAGGUAUGCAUGAUAUUACGUUUACCAACGGAAGUAAUGUGGUCGCUACGAUACCUUCAGAUGGUGGUGCUACUCUCUUACGCGGUAAUCUCAAUGGUGGUGGCAACGGUCAGAACCGAUCGGGUUUGGAUGACGAUCGAUUGACUAACGGAUCCGGUGGUCCAAUGGCGGUAACGACAUCAACUUGUACGCCAACCACAGUAGGAGUAGGGGGCAUGCGGACUGGUAUUCCCAGAAGUAUACCGGGUACACCGUCACUGAAUCGUAGUUACAGCGAGGGAAGCCUGUUGUCUGCACCGUUCCGUAAAUCUCGUGCCCGUCGUCGUUUACGUAUCGCCGGACUCGGCUUAACAAUGGGGAGCAAUGCGCGGGAGCAAAAUGCAGUGGCAGCAGAGCAACAUCAUCACGCGGGUGAUCAUUCCUUUUCCCGGUUGCUUUCCAACACAUCGACAUUCCUCAGCAUAAGCAGCGAGAAUUUAGAAAUGGCUUCAUUUUCCGAAUGCACUGAAGUAAUACCGCUCGGUGGUGAAGUACAGGCGGGAUCAGGCAUCGGUGGAAGCGUCCUGCGCCGUGCCGUAUCACUCGAUUCGGUCCGACCGGGUGGAGCGGGCGGUUCGGGCAAAAAAGAACACCCUGAUGAUGACGGCUACCAUCAUCGCCAUCAUCGUGUUGGAGCGAGUUGUGAAGCCGGUGGAGGUGGAUCCCGCAGCCCAUCGCCGACAGCCUCGAGCGGAAUUGAAAGUGGAUCGAUCAAAGACUCGCCCAUGCAAAUAGCGGAUGCGCUUACUGCCGAUAGCUCCAGUAUCGAUACGCAGGACGAUCCUCAGUCGUUUGGUGGUUCAUCUUCGUCGAUGGCAACGACGGCCGACCGUCGAUCGAUAUUGGCUGGCGGAACGGCCAAAGGUUGGCUGCCGGAUGUAGCGGCCGUGAUGUGGCGCCGCAUGCUCGGUGCACUCGGGGACGUAAAUAAAAUCCUCAAUCCGAAGCUGCACGCUCAAGUUUACCAAUAUUUGGUAAGCAUGACGGAAAGUUUGAUCAAGAUCCGCAUGAACCAAGGCAUUUCGCUUGAUGGGAGUGGACACUCGUCAUCUUCUACGCCAACACCCGCCACUACGAAUCUGGUACCGCCUGUGGCACUUGUGGCGCCCUGGUGCUAUGGUGCGCUCGCACUCGACGCACAAUACGCGCAGGGCAAACUGUACGCCAUGCAGCUGUUGUGCACGAUCGUUCAAAGCGGCGCUAGCUUGGGAAAUCAUCAGCUGCCACUGUUUUACCAUGCGCUGCAUCAGGCACUAACCGGAGAGGAUCGUGCAAUGGCCUACACAGCGCUGCGAUAUCUAGGCGGGCCAAGAUUUCUCAGUCUGCUGCUUCCGGGUCACACGCUUCUGCUGCUUGAUCUUGUCCACGCAGCAACCGUGGUGCUCACGUCCUCGGAAACAGGCCCACACGCUCCCCGUGCCCAUGUGGCCGGAUUGCUAGGAUCGCUUCUAUGCUUUCCCCGAACUUCCCUUCCCGGGCCCGUGCUGCAACCGUCCGAACCUCACAUUGAUCUGAUGGAGUGUCCCGAUCUACAAGAGCACGUGCUGAACGUAGUAUUGCGGUGUGCGCGUCGCGAACCUACGGCCAAAGCACGCUGCAUUGCAAUCGCAUCGCUCGGCCAGUGGAUACUGCAGAACCUUACCAAUCCGAGCGCUCAGCAGAGCGGUGAUAGUGAGGCCGCAUUUAAACAAAAAGUACCCCAUCACAGUAGCGAGACCGAUUCCCGACGCGAAUCCAUCACGAAUAGCGUCAAUCCACGAAUUCGCGAAGCGUUUCAGGUCAUCUUGCAGGCGUUACAGUUUAAACAUCACACCAUUGCACGUUUAGCGUCUGAAACGUUGAAACUUUGCGCUGAACAGGGAUCGAGAAUCGAACAGAUUGAGCGCCUUCCGCAACUGAUCAUCGACACGGUGUGUCUCUCGCUAGAUAUCCACAACGUUCCGCAUCCAAAAGAAUCGGAUAAAACGGUACUAACAUCGCUGCUGUUGACGCUAGGCGAGUUGUGCAUGUCCUUUUCGGUUCGCACACUGCAACAACCAAAGCAUCACGAUUCAACGGAACCGCUUAUACUGAUUGUGUUUCGCAUACUGUACAAAAUAGCCACCGGACUACAAAACGGCGAGCGCAUUAAGCUGUUCACCACCGAUGAAGACUUUGAUUCGACCAUCGUGGUGGACGAUGUGCGUGAGAGCGGCAUGGGAGAAACCGGCCCGUAUCAAACUUCCGAAUCCAUUGCCAGCUGUCAGUCGGCGAUACGUUUGUGCGCUAAAACCGUGGCAAUGCAUCUCAUCACCAAUCUCGGCCACUUCCCGAUGGGCAUUGGUGCGACGCGGCUUAGUUCGUUGGUGGAUGAGCAGGAUGAUUUAAUGAGUACAUCAGUCGCUACGGCACCGGUUCAUGCAACCUCCGGUACAGGACCAUCCGUUGCAACGUUGCAGCGUGAGAACUCCAUUGCGGGAGCUCGCGUUGAUGCGAUGGAGCAUGUGUUAGCUUCUCCAAAUUUACAGCUGCUUAUGUUGAGUCCGGAAUUGGUGGCGAGCUUUAUUGAGUUACCUGCCCUGAAGCUACCGGGAGGUGGAGCUACCGCGGGACUUCUCACUGCAAACCGCCAGGUUCGUUUGCUGCUUCGUGAUCUGAACGGGAAAGCGUGCUGGGAUGCUUCUAUACUGUAUCAGGAACCAUCGCUGACCGUUCCAUCAUCGACGCCAGUUGAUUAUGAACGCAAUGCAACAUUCCAAAGCUCGGCGCCAGUUUCCCGGCACUAUGCGUAUUCAACCUUACCGGUGGGGUCUGGUCAGUUGGCGGGAAGCAACAGUGUGGCAGGAAGACAUUUUGCCAGCGGCAGUACUUCGAUUGAUCCGCUAAUGUCCACCGCUAUUGGCUUGCCGAUGUCGCACGGUCUACGGCAUACUCUGCGGCAUCGCCCGGUACAUCAGCUACCGGUUGCAAAGGAUUUGGCGCCCGAUUUAGACCAGCUAGAUGAUCUAUUGCAAUACAUUGGUUACACCAGCCCGGAAUGUUUGGACAGUUCGGAAGUACCGUUGAAUACAGCCGGACCCAGCCCACUGGGAGCCGGCCUUGAAGGUCAAACUAUUUCGAUCAUUCUAAACCAACGUACGAUCGAAGCGGAAGCUGUUGCUCGUCAAAACUCCGGCUCGAACGGUUUACUGAACGUUGAACGAUCAUUGUCCGGUGGUACGUCAUCGUAUCCUACACUUGUACCGAGCAGUGGUUACGGUAGUUAUUCGCCAGGCCAAUCAUACGCAGAUGAUUCCGGGACGGGAACCUUAACAAGAGCUGCGAACGCGAUGCAGAACAGCCAACAACAGCAGCACGAUACCGCCACGAAACCAUUCCAACUCGGACGCAUUCUGUUCAACCAACUGGGUCUUGCCGGCUGGGAACGGCGCAAGCGAACACAUCUGCUCCAGCGCACCGAUAAGCUGUUGCGCGAGUUGCGCAAUCUCGAUAAUCAAAAGUGCCGCGAAACGCACAAGAUGGCUGUGAUUUACGUGGCCAAUGGGCAGGAGGACAAGGGCAGCAUUUUACGAAAUGGCUGCGGCAGCAGUACUUACGAAAUGUUUGUAUCCGCGCUGGGUUGGGAGGUAGAGCUUGAGUCGCACAACGGUUUUCUCGGUGGAUUACCGCGGCAAGGUUGUGGUCAAACGGCCCCUUAUUAUGCGACCCCGUUCCUGGAGGUAAUCUAUCACGUCUCCACCCGAAUGCCAUCGGACACACCGGAAGCAAUAUUGAACAAAACGCGCCACCUUGGGAACGAUGAGGUGCACAUUGUGUGGAGCGAACAUAAUCGUGACUACCGGCGGGACAUCUUGCCGACCGAGUUUUGUGACGUGCUUAUCGUCAUCUAUCCGCUGAAGAGUGGCCUGUUCCGCGUGACGGUGAAUAAAAAGCCCGAGGUACCAUGGUUUGGUCCUCUGUCGGACGAGAUGGUUGUUGGAGGAGCGUGUUUGGCUAAUUUGGUGCGGGCAUCAGCGAUCAACGCAAGUCGGGCCAAGCGGAGUUCUCUUCCGCUAUACCAACAGUAUUACGAAGAGCGCAAUCGGUCAAUCGACACAGUGGCGUUGCGCCAUCGGGAAAAUAGCACAUUCGAAGACUUUACGGCCCGCAUCUUCUGUCCGAUUGCGCAGCAGAACGGUGGCAAAGUGGGUGGUGGACCCAGCGGCACGGCCGGAGGGUCGUCCAUCGCUGCUGGUACGAAUGCACCGGCCCCAUUGGCGGCAGCUCUGAUCGAUCACCACAGCCGUGGACCAUCGAAAACGUGGAUACACCAUCCGGAAAUGGUUGCUACGGCCCGUGAGGUGACACAGCAAACGCUUGCGUCCGUAUCGCUGGACCAACCGUCCCCGAGACCACUACGCAAGCUGCACCAUCCGUUCAAGGCGGUACCGAAAGGCAAAACCAAUCAACAACCUGGUGGGGGAUCGAUGGGUAGUACGGUCGUCUAUGGUGCUGGGAUGUCGAAUCCGGUGGCCGGUAUGAUUGGAACUGGCGGUGCACCCGGUACCACACCACCGGAAAGCCCAACCCUACCGGGACGGAAGAUCAAAUGAGAUUGGUGGUAGCUUCGGGCUACCGCAAUCGAGCUGUCUUUGUUGCAACGAUCACAGGCUAAGGAUUCUCGCGAACUCGAAAGGGCGACUGCCACCACCGUCACUGUUUUGACUAGCAAUACUGAUAGAAGUAAUUAUAUUAACAUUAAUAAUAACGUUAGCUGUAACAAUAACAACCAGAAAGGCAGCAAGGAUGCAAACGAAACGGAAGAUCGACUGUUAGCUUCCAGUUAUGCACCGUUCAUAAGUCAACAAUACGAUGUAACGAUUGUGGCAAGAAUAACAGCAUGUUUUUGUGGAAAAUAGCAGCUACCGGCAGCUGCCAAGAAGAAUGUAGCCAAGCACGAUGUACAACAUCAAACACAGGCAAGUGAUUUACGGUGAGAAGAUAUUUUUCCUAUGUAGGUGCUGGUACCCCUUUGUUUUUUAAGGCCUUUGUCCAACAUCUAAUGGCCGCAGUUGACUAAAAAAAACCUAUUUCAUUACGCCCAAUUCCCGUACCGUAAAAGCGACACCAGGACAUACAUCAGUUGGGUCGGAAUAGUGAAAAAUAGUUUAAAAGCAACAAAUGAUUAGCUUUAACAUGCCCCCGUAGUUAGAUAGAUCCUUUCCAUUUGCCGUAAAUCAGUAACGAGAAGCGCCGAAUGGGAAGGAGUCACAGAUGAUUUAAUAGAGAGAAAGAGAGAGAGAGAGAGAGAGACGAGUACAGACAUUUAUGUAUUUAUUUAUUAACAUUAUUAACAAUGGAACAUUGGGUAGGUGAUUCGGGUUGUGUUACGAAUGCGAACGAACCAGCGAAAGAAUCAAAAGGUUAGGAAGGAAAUUAGAAGGCACAGGAACGUUGGGAAUUGUGAAGAAGCAGUCACACAGACACACAGCACUCAGAAAAUCGUCCAUUACUGUUAGAAAAGCGUACCAUAGUGUGAGGUAUUAAUUUGUUACUAUUUUAUUACUAUUAUUACGGUUAGUAUCGAUAUAAUAUUUGACACUUUUGUUUGUUUUACCAUUUUCUUUUUUAAUUUAUCUUCUUUUUUUCUUUCAACACAUUUACACACUACUUGAAUAUAUUGAGUUUUGUUAUGCACUCACGUCACACGUUUUAUAGACGUUAAGUUAACUGUAGGAAUGGAAAUCCAAUCGAAUGAUAGAAUAGUUUAUUGAGGAGCACAGGUGGCAGUUUUUUUUUCAUAAUGACUAGCUGAAUGUUGACGUCCGGCUUUUUGCGUUUUUUUUUCUUAUCAUCAAAACAACCAAAAGUAAUUGAAGAAUUCGGGAAAAAUGAUACUGUUCAUCAUUUAAAAAAAACUUGAGAUUUAAAAUUCGAAACAGUACGCUGCAAACGAAUACAUCAAAAUCAAACCUACAGCUAGAUACGCAUUUUGGCUUUUUGUUUUAUCGCAAAUCGUUUUGACUAAACAAAAGCAACGCAGCAGAGCCCCCCUGAAUGUGAUUGAUUGUACUGGUGGCCCGAAACCGAACCGUCGUAGAUAUGUGUUUUCGUUUUCUUCAAUUGUACGCCUAUGAGAGAAAGACAGACCUAAACAAAAAAAAAGUUUAAUAGAUAGUAACAGAUAUUGUUGUGAACGAAAAUAACAAAAAAGUUACACAAGCCAGCAAUAGAAACAAGAAAACAGCCCGUGAGCAUGGUUGAUAAUGCAUGAGGUGAUAAUUUGCUAAAUAUUGCACUCAGUAUUUCCAAACGGCAAGCAGCAAUGACGAUGGCCAAGCGAGUGCAUCGAAUGUGCACCACAGCACACUUCACUGCAGCUGUUUGUUUGCUAACAAAAGCAAAGAUCUCGCGCUCGCUUGCUUACAAUAAUGUAUAUUUCAUACGGAAUUGUAUAAGGACCCGUGUAUAUGCAACAGUUCCAAAACCGGUACAACUUGCUAGAAUGCCACAUAAAUAUCAAACAUCUUUUCUCGUUCAGCUGUGCUACCAUGAAAAGCUACAACAUAACCAUUGACUAUGUCUUGCAAACUAAUGCAUAGUGUUUAACUACAGAAUUUUGCACAUUCAAGAACGGUUAAUAAAAAAACACACACACACACAAACAAAAACACUGAAUUUGCUACAUAAUAGAUGAUUAAUUUGAAACCAAAUUUUUGGAGCUAUAAUAAAAUGCGCAAACCAAAUAAUCGCG